UUCAACUAGAGAGAGAAACCCAUAAAAAUCAAAACCAGAAACGAAAUCUAAUCGGAAAAGCACAAAACCCCCCGGAAAAAUCACACACACUGAGGGUAUCGGCGCCCAUCGAAUGACGAUGGACAGAGAGAAGGAGAGAGAAAUCGAGUUGGAGAGCGCAAUGUACACCAAUUGCUUGUUGCUCGGCCUGGAUCCGAACGUAAUCGGAGUCGGCUCCAACAACGGCACGCCUCGUGUUGGCUUGUUCCGCCAUUCUAACCCUAAAUUGGGCGAGCAGCUGCUCUACUUCAUCCUGUCGUCUCUCCGUGGCCCGCUCCAAUCCGCCAAGGAUUUUGAUAAGGUGUGGCCGAUUUUUGAUUCGGCUCAGUCUAGGGAUUUUCGGAAGGUCGUGCAAGGGAUUAUAAGUGAGCUGGAAUCGCAAGGUGCAUUGCCCAGGAGUAAUUCAAGGGUUUCAUCGCUUGCAACCUGCUGCGGACCAAGAUUCGUCGAACUCUUAUGGCAGCUUUCACUGCAUGCUCUGAGAGAGGUCCAUAGGCGAACAUUUGCAGCUGAUGUUGCAUCAAAUCCACAGCCUGCCCCAUUAACUGAUGUAGCUUUCUCACAUGCAGCUACACUGCUUCCUGUUACCAAGGCGAGGAUAGCUCUUGAAAGAAGAAGAUUUCUGAAAAAUGCAGAGACUGCAGUGCAAAGGCAAGCAAUGUGGUCUGAUCUGGCUCAUGAAAUGACAGCUGAGUUCCGUGGUCUAUGUGCUGAAGAGGCAUACUUACAGCAAGAGCUUGAAAAACUUCAUGAUUUGAGAAACAAAGUAAAACUCGAAGGUGAAUCCUGGGAUCAGCUUGUAUCUAGCUCAAGUCAGAAUUCUCAUAUAGUCCAAAAAGCUACACGCAUGUGGGAAUCUUUGUUAUCUCGCAAGAGUCAACAUGAGGUCCUUGCUUCAGGCCCAAUUGAGGAUCUUAUUGCUCAUCGAGAGCAUAGGUAUCGCAUCUCUGGUUCGGCCUUGUUGGCAGCGAUGGAUCAAAGUUCGUUAGUAUCAUCUUCUAGUAUGACUUCUCAACAACUAGGUAAUGAGGAAACUGAGAGUUCACGAACAGAUGUAACUACGGAGAGCAAAAAUGAAGAAAAGUAUUCUCGACUUGAUGAUAGAAAUACUAGAGGGCAGCCAACAGUUGAUAUUGCUGAAGUUUUACGACGUUGGACGCAUGCCUUGCAGCGGAUUCAUAAACAGUCCCUCCAACUGUCAAAAGCCAAUGAUGGAGAAGGCCCGCAGCUCCUCCAAAGUGGGCAUGAUGGUGAUACCAGCAGUCAUGCUGAGUCAUUGGCUGCGACACUGGCUGAACACAGGCAGCAUCUGGACAGCAUACAGGUGCUCAUUAAUCAACUAAAGGAUGUAGCUCCAACCAUACAAAACUCAAUUUCCGAACUUACUGAGGAAGUGAAUAGCAUAUCAUCUAAUCCCCCUCCUGUCAUGAAUUUUAGAUUAAACUCGCCCAUCCAGACACAGAGCAGUGGGAGGACGUUGGAAAGUAGUGUUGAUGAUGUGGCUGAAAUAACCUCUAGAUUGUCAUCCAUUCAGAUUGAAAACGUAUCUGCUAGCCCCCCUACUCUGAAGCUGCCUCCACUAUUUAGUUCGACACCUUGUUCUUCUGGAAAAGGUGUAAACAUGCAAAAACGACAUAAUAUGGCUCAAGUCAUACCAGCAGAAGCCAUAAUAGACAAAAAGUUUGUAGAAAAUCCCCCAUCAAACAGUCACAUGGAUAAUCCAACACAUGAUGAGGAUAUUCUUUCUCUACAAUAUUUGAAGAGGUCUGUACGAGAAGCUGCUCUUUUGUCUAAAAGAAGCAACUCGGAAUCUUCACAAGACAGUCGUUCUAAUGAUGGUUCUGAGCACUACUUUGUUCCGCUUUCUGGGACUGGAUUGUCUCGUCAUGUUCAGGAUAACAAAAUUAAUUCUCUUAAGAGUAGACAACUUUUCACAUCUCAAGCAGAUUCCUCCUUGCUUCAGACCCAUGUUAAGGACAACAAUGUUGGGAGAAGGUACAGUGGAGUUACAGACAUACUGAAUGAUAUAGAUUCCCUUGAUGAAUUUGAUGGGGUGAACAGUUUCCUCUCCGCUGCUGGGUCAAACUCGUCGGUUUCUGAUGCACAUAGGUCAUUCUAUGAUGUUGAUGAGGCUGAGGAUCAAGUUUUUUCUCCUCCUUUGCUAAUGGAUACUGCAUUUUUGGCAGAUUCAUAUGAGGAUUUGCUUGCUCCCUUAUCUGAUACUGAAGCAGCCUUGAUGGAUCACUGACAGUAAAUAAGUGUAGAAAACUUGCUGCAUCUCUUCAAGAGAUAUAUUUCUUUAGCCAAAUGCAUUUGCUUUCGUAUUUCAGCCGGAGUUUCUAUCCUUAGUGGUACUUGUAUGAUCUGUCUACUCCCUUCUUUGUUUUGCAUAUAUGUACGUGACAUUUUCUCAGUUUGACGAGGAUUGCUGAUUUGGCUAGAAGCAUACUGGAGUGUAACUAUGUAUGGCAACAUUACUCGUGUCUUAGAGGCAGAAAUGUGGUCUUGGAAAAGAUUAAUGCUGGUUUAUAAAGAAGCCUCACUAUUGUUUUUUGUCUUGAGGUAACUGACAUUUUGCUUCACAGCGACCUAAAAUAUGCGACAACCCUUCUCGUUGGCCGCACACUUGUAAAGUGUAGAUAUAUGUCACACUUGUAUAAGUGUAGAUGUAUGUCCUGUCCUAAUCGUACAUUACACUAAUGCAUUGAUUGGUGGUUGUAGAUUAUCAUUUAUUUCUAUAUUUUGUUCCAUUCCAA